AUGCUUUCUAUGUCAGAACAAGCCUGUCGGAGUGCCCAUGCAAGUUAUGCUCAGAAGCUUUUGAAGGAUUUAUUCAGUAACUAUUCGAAUGCUUUGCGGCCAGUGGAAGACACAGGAGACAUCCUGAAUGUCACCCUUCAAAUCACACUGUCACAGAUCAUCGAUAUGGAUGAACGUAACCAGAUUCUCACAGCGUAUCUAUGGAUACGACAGGUGUGGGUAGAUGCGCACCUAAGGUGGAAUAAAGAUGAUUAUGAUGGACUCGAUACCAUCCGUAUACCUAGUAGUUAUGUAUGGAGACCUGAUAUAGUCCUAUAUAACAAUGCGGACCAACAUUUUACAGGCUCAAUGGACACUAAUGUGGUGAUUCGACAUGAUGGUCAGAUCAUGUGGGAUUCCCCUGCAAUCACCAAGAGCUCCUGCAAAGUGGAUGUAUCCUUCUUCCCCUUUGAUGCGCAGCAAUGCCGCUUAACCUACGGCUCCUGGACAUACAAUGGCAAUCAUCUGGAUUUGCUGAAUGCAAUGGAAACAGCUGACUUGGCCGACUUGGUAGAUAAUGUCGAAUGGGAGGUGCUCGGUAUGCCUGCGAAAAAGAGUGUAGUUCUGUAUGGGUGCUGUGCAGACCCUUAUCCAGAUGUUACCUAUACUUUGAAACUCAAACGCCGGGCGUCUUUCUACGUGUUCAACUUGCUCAUCCCGUGUGUGAUGAUCUCGUUCCUGGCACCGUUGGGCUUUUACCUACCUGCUGAUUCAGGGGAGAAGGUAUCUCUGGGUGUAACGGUGAUGCUGGCCCUCACCGUCUUCCAGCUUCUGGUUGCCGAGAUCAUGCCACCAUCUGAAAACGUGCCUCUCAUCGGGAAAUACUACAUAGCCACAAUGACCAUGAUAACAGCAUCCACUGCCUUGACCAUCUUCAUAAUGAACAUUCACCACUGUGGCCCGGAGGCGAAGCCAGUCCCCAGGUGGGCCAAGAAGUUCAUCCUGCAGUACUUGGCCCGCAUCUGCUUCGUGUUCGAGGUGGGUGAGAACUGCAUGAUGCCCCAGUCUGAGAUACUGGAACCGCCGCUGGACAAGAGCGCCGCUGACUGCAGGAUGAACGGUCAGGCGGGCAGAGAGAGCGUCGUGAGGGUGGAGAGGCCACAGGACGAGAUGUCCCAGAAGAUCCUGGAGCAGGACGAGGACGGCGACCAGGUCCUGAGCCCCUCUGGCUCCAUAGGGAGGAAUCCCACCAACCGCUUCACGGCGUGGAGGAACGGAGUCUUCAUGAGCAUGGACUGUGGCGACAGCGUUGAGGGGACCCCAAGGCGAGCGCGGUGCAACGAGCCGGCAUGCGAGAGAGGCGAAGGGAAGGAGGCGCAGCUCAAGAGCAAGUGCGCAUGUGAGCAGCAGGAACUGCAGAGGAACAUUGAGUACAUGGCCAACUGCUACCGAGACCAGAGGGCUACCCAGAGGCGGACCGGUGAGUGGAAGAAAGUCGCCAAAGUGCUGGACCGCUUCUUCAUGUGGAUCUUCUUCAUCAUGGUUUUUCUGAUGAGUCUGUUAAUAAUGGGCAAGGCCAUCUAAAAACAAAGAUUACUAACACUGACGAAACACUGAAAGGCAGAUACACCUUUGG